GCUCCUCUCGGAAGAGAGAGAGAGGGAGAGAGAGGCCCUUUUCGCGUGUUCACAAUUUUCGAACAACGCUCUGCGAAUUGGAGCUGAGUAAAAACCCAAGUCAUUGUCUCCCAACGACGGUAACUCCAAAUCGCAACCCCUGGUUAGGCCAAUUUCCUUCACCGCGGUUUCAACGACCCUGAGUUCUUCCAUAACGGUUAGGUUUUCACGAUUUCUGAGGAUUCGUUACAAUGUUGCUACUUUUGAUUCCCGCUGCGUCGUUUUGUCCCACAUUUGAGGCGUUGGAGGUGCUUUGCUAGAGAUAAUCCGAGUAAUUCCAAGGUUUCGUGGGAUUCGAGGUGGGGAACGAAUUUUCUAGGGUUUAGAUAACCGGAGGAAAAUUUCUCUGCCGUUUUAUGAAGCUGGGGGUGUCGUUGAGCUAUGGGGUAGAUAAAAGUAGCUCAUUUUUAUCCAUUUGAAUGCGCUGAAUCCGUUUUGAUGGGGAGAGGUUGGACAUUGCUCUAUGGUAUAUGUUUUGUUUUGGGUUGUUGUUGUGGUUCAAAUGGGUAUUGGGUCCAUUCUUGGGAAUCACUUGUUAUUGCAACUUGAAUGGCUGAUCCUCAGAAAACUGCUCCUGGCGAGAGGGAUAUCGAGCAGGCAAUUACAUCUCUUAAGAAAGGUUCAUAUCUGUUGAAGUACGGGCGAAGAGGGAAGCCGAAGUUCUGCCCAUUUAGGCUUUCCAAUGAUGAGUCUCUACUUUUAUGGUACUCUGGCAAGGAAGAGAAACAACUUAAGCUCAGUACUGUUUCAAAGAUCAUUCCUGGGCAGCGUACUGCAAUAUUUCAUCGGUAUCCUCGGCCUGAAAAGGAAUAUCAGUCAUUUUCUCUUAUAUACAAUGAUAGGUCCUUGGAUUUGAUAUGCAAGGACAAAGAUGAAGCUGAGAUCUGGUUUGUUGGUCUUAAGGCUUUAGUUGCCCGAGGUAACAGUCGCAAGUGGAGAUUUGAAUCAAGAACUGACAGUCUGUGUUCUGAUAGUCCAAAAUCUGGCACACAAAGAUCCACUCCGUCAUUUUCACCAUUUGUAUGUAACAAUUUCCUUCAUGGAGAUACGGGCAGUGGUUCUUUUGAUCUGCAAAAUAAAUGGGUAAAGGCUUUCUCUGAAAUAAUUUCCUACACUGCAGCCAGCAAAAGUCCCAGUCAUACUGAAUCAACUGCGAAUUGCUCUUUAUCCUCUGGGUCCGUGGAUAACUCUAGCAAUCGAAAUUCUGCAUCUGAGGCAUUUCGAGUUAGUUUAUCUAGUGCUGUAAGUUCGUCCAGCCAGGGUUCUUAUCCUGAAGAUUUUGAUGCCCUGGGUGAUGUUUUUAUUUGGGGAGAAGGUCUUGGCAAUGGAAUUCUUGGUGGUGGUGUCCAUAGAGUUGGAACCUUAUCUUGUUCUGAAAUGGAUGCAUUCCUCCCCAAGGCAUUGGAAUCAAAAGUAGUUCUAGAUGUUCAUAGUAUUGGUUGUGGGUACAGACAUGCUGUUCUAGUUACUAAGCAGGGAGAGAUAUUUAGUUGGGGGGAGGAGUCAGGAGGUAGGCUUGGACAUGGUGUAGAAGUGGAUGUUUUUCACCCUAAACUCAUUGACACUCUUAGUGGCAUGAAUAUUGAGUUAGUAGCAUGUGGAGAAUAUCAUACUUGUGCUGUUACUUAUUCUGGGGAUCUUUAUACAUGGGGUGAUGGUGUUCACAAUUCUGGCUUGCUUGGACAUGGAAAUGAAGUCAGUCACUGGAUUCCUAAGAAAGUAAGUGGUAACUUGGAGGGUUUACGUGUAUCAUAUGUGUCCUGUGGACCUUGGCACACUGCUAUUGUUACAUCAGCUGGGCAGUUGUUCACAUUUGGCGAUGGAACUUUUGGUGCCUUAGGCCUUGGAGAUCAUAGGAGCACAAAUAUUCCUCGGGAAGUAGACACUUUGAAAGGGUUGAGAAUAACCAAGGUUGCCUGUGGUGUUUGGCACACUGCUGCAGUUGUUGAGGUGAUGAAUGAAUCUGUGGAAUCUUCUACACACUCAUCUAGUGGAAGACUCUUCACCUGGGGUGAUGGAGAUAAAGGCCAACUUGGACAUGGUGAUAGGGAACCUAGACUAGCUCCUGAUUGUGUAAUUGCAUUGAGUACUGAAAACAUUUGCCGAGUGGCUUGUGGUGACAGUCUUACAAUUGCUUUGACAACAUCAGGACAUGUAUAUUCAAUGGGAAGUACAGCUUAUGGACAACUUGGUUGUCCUGCAGCUGAUGGAAAAGUCCCAACACGCGUUAGAGAUAAAAUUGCUGACAGUUUCAUAGAAGAUAUUGCGUGUGGUUCAUAUCAUGUUGCAGCCCUGACUUCCAAGGCAGAGGUUUACACAUGGGGAAAGGGUUUGAAUGGGCAAUUGGGUCAUGGAGACAAUGAUCACAAGAAUAAACCCACACUUGUUGAGUUUUUGAAAGAUAAGCAAGUGAAAAGUGUUGUUUGUGGUUCAAACUUUACUGCUGUUGUAUGUCUUCAUAAAUGGAUACCAAGUCUUGAUCAUUCUGCAUGUUGUGGUUGUCGUAAUCCAUUUAAUUUCAGAAGAAAGCGUCAUAAUUGUUACAACUGUGGACUUGUGUUUUGCAAAUCAUGCACCAGCAAGAAAUCUAUAAAAGCUUCCCUUGCUCCCAAUUCCAACAAGCCAUACCGGGUUUGUGAUGAUUGUUAUCUUAAACUUAAGAAAGCUGCUGAAUCAGGACCGGUGGUUCAAACUCCUAGCUUGAGAUGUGUAAGUUUGCAAGACAGUAGAGCCACUAAAACACAGGGAACACUUUUAAGACUUUCAUCUCUUGGAUCUAUUGGUCAAGCAGAAAGCAGUCAACCGAAGCUUCCAGAUUCACAUGAUAGCCAUCUUUUCCCAGCUUUGAACGGAAAAUUACAGAUGGGGGGGUUUGCUUCUUCAAAAUCAGCAAAUUCUAAUUCUAGGGAUUCUAAGAAACACCUUUCAGUUUCUGAGCCUGCUGCAAGAAUAUCUUGUCAAUCAGCAUCUCCAGUUUCAUCAAAGUCAAGUCCAAGACAAUCUUAUGAAUAUGUCAAUGACGAUUUAAAACACAGAAAUGAUAUUCUAAGUCAAGAAGUUUUAAGUUUAAAGACACAGGUUGAAGAUCUUACUCAUAAGUCAAAGAGUCUUGAGGCUGAACUUGAGAGAACGUCAAAGCAUUUGAAGGAAGUGACUGCAGUAGCUGCAGAUGAAGCUGGAAAGUGUAAAUCUGCAAAAGAGGUUAUAAAGUCAUUGACUGUACAGUUGAAGGAAAUGGUGCAAAGACUGCCAGAAGGACAUAACGCUGACUCCAGUGCAGAGUCCUGUGCUGAAACCACUAAUAGUAUUCUAAAUCAGUCCAUAGAUGAAAUCCAUUUAACAAACACUCUCACCCCCAAAAAUGAAGGCAGCAGCAAUGUAGCAAAUCAGAUAUUACCUAAUGGUGUAAGAACACAAAGUGGAAAGGCAGAGUGGGUGGUGCAAGAUGAACCAGGUGUGUACGUAAGUUUGUCAUCCCUGUCAUGUGGUGGUAAUGAGCUUAAGCGUGUUCGCUUCAGUAGAAGGCAUUUCACCGAAGAACAAGCUGAAAAGUGGUGGGCUGAAAAUGGAACCAAAAUAUUGGAGCGGCACAAUAUAGUUGCUUUAUAGAAAGCAAGUGAAUGUAUUCCCUUGAGUAAAAAAGUGAACCUUCUUCUGUGACCCUGUGGAAACAGUAAAUUCUUUUCCCUUCUCCCUCUUCCAAAAUUAACAAGGAUCUUUUGUCCAAAAUGGACAGGUAGGAUAUGAAAUUAUGGGAAAAAACCACAGUAGGAAGGAAACUUAUUACUUUCCAGAAAAGUGCUACUAAACCCCGCUUCCCAAAAAAAAUAGCGGAGGAAAAUUUUCCUUACUGUACUCACU